AUGUAUCCAGAGGGCUCCAUAAUCUUCAAAUAUGACCUGGUCAGGCAAUGGGUGGCUGAAGGGUUUCUUGCUGCAAGUGAAGGGCAAAAUAUGGAACAAGUUGCCGGAAUGUAUUUUGAUGAACUUGUUGAUAGAAGGUUCAUCCAACCCGUGUCUAUCAACUUCUACAAUGAGGUUGUGUCCUGCACAGUUCACGACGUGGUACAUGAUCUUAUUGCACACAAGUCUGUGGAAGAGAAUUUCGUUGUGGUGGUAGAUCACAAUCAAAAGAUUUUGGCACUUUCCCAUAAGGUCCGUCGACUAUCUCUCCAACUUGGUGAUGCAAAAUAUGCCAAGAUACCAGCAAACAUCAGAAAGUCACAAGUACGUUCACUUGGGUAUUUUGGAGUAUCGGAGUGCAUGCCUUGCAUUGGAGAGUUCAAGCUUGUUCGUGUUCUGAACCUUCAGCUAUCUGGACAUCAUAAUGGCGACCAAGACCUGGCUAUAGACCUCACUGGGAUAUCCGAACUGUUCCUUCUUAUAUAUCUGAAGAUUGUAUGUGAUGUCUGCAUAAAAUUGCCAGGCUGCAUGAGAGGGCUGCAAUGUUUGGAGACCCUGGAUGUUAUGGAUACACCAAAAGGCACUCAUGUUCCCUGGGACAUUAUAUAUCUCCCAUACUUGUUGCACCUCAGUCUUCCUCUUAAUACAAAUCUUCUGGAUUGGGCCGUCAGUACUGACAGCCUUGGCAUGAUGAACCACCUGGUGGAUCUUUAUAUUUCUACAUCUCCUUCUUCUGACCAUGACCAUGUGAAGAGAAGCAUGGCCGCUCUGGGUACCUUAAUCGGAGGACAUGGCAGCCUGAAUACUGUAAAAUUGGUGGCUCACGGGUCCUCUGUUAGAUAUGGUGACGCUUCAGAAGCAACCAUUAACUACUGGCUUCCCGUGGCACCUCCCCACAAUCUCCAGAGAUUUGAAUGCUAUCGGCACAGCGGCAUCAUAUUUGACGACAUCCUGUGGCGGAUGAGACAACUUGGCAACCUGUGCAUUCUGAAGAUUAAAGUGAUGGAACUGCCAGUAGAAGAUGUUGAUACUCUUAGAGGGUUGCCUGCCCUCGCUGCUCUGUCGUUGUAUGUGGAGACGUCGCCUGAUAUUAAGAUAAUCUUUGGCUCGGCUGCUGGAUUCACAGCUCUCAAGUACUUGAAGCUGAGGUUCAUGAGUGGAAUAGCUUGGCUAAGAUUUGAGGCGGAUGCAAUGCCUAAUCUCCUGAAGCUCAGGCUCGUUUUCGAUGCCAUCCCCCAAUUGGACCAACGACUUGAACUUUAUUCAAAGUCUGAUCAGUGGAAACAAUAUCGACAUGGUACUGCAUUAAUCAGCAUCGAGCAUAUGCCACACCUUAGAGAGGUCUCCGCAAAAUUUGAGGGUGCAUCUGCUGAUCUAAAGUAUGUCUCCAGGAUUGGCGUAGUUAUUAAUCAUGCGAGCAAUCCUAUAAUUGACGUGCAACUAGUCGAUUCUGGUUCCCAUGGUGAUAAAAGGUACUAG